UGUGAUUUUACACAGAUGGAUAAUCUGGGGACUUUGGAAGUCAGGUGGGCACAGGGUUUAACCAGCCAGAAUGUUGAAUUUGUGGACAACAAAACAGCGUGCUAUACCUGCGGGAACUACAUAGUUUUCCUCAACGUGGAGACCAAGAAGAGAAGCAUCAUGCUGAGUCCAGGACGAGGCGUAGGGGCGUUUACAGCGACCGGGCAGCGCAAGAUGCUGGCCUUCUCUGAGCAGAAACCAGAGCCCUCCAUAUUUGUGUACAGUUACCCCGAGCUUGUUCUGAAGAACGAACUAAAGGGCACAGCCAAGCUGGAGUAUACCUCUCUCGCAUUAAGUUGUGCAGGUCCUUAUUUAGCCUGUUUCUCUUCCGUCCCAGACCACAUCGUAACAGUAUGGAACUGGGAAAGCGGGACUGUUCUCUGCAGUCAACCGACAGGUGGAAGGGAAGUCACUAAUCUGAUGUUCAAUCCCACGAACUGGCAGCAGCUCUGUGCUACAGCCGCGUCAUCAGUCGCUGUCUGGAACGUUGAAAUGUGUGGAGAGCUUCAUGUAAUGACAGCAAGUGUGAUCAGUCUCCCAGCAGCUGAUGGCUCAGUGUUUGAGGCAGAGGCCAAGGCCAAACCCUCACAGGGUCACAAUGAAACCCUCAAUUACGAUGGACCUAAGAUGCCCAUCUCAGCUAUCGCGGGGUUAACCGGAGACGAAGCGCACGGAUUUGUGCCGAAAGAAAAGAUGAAGGCCAAGCUGUGCCCGAGCUCAAUGUGCUGGACAGCUUCUUCCGACCUGUACGUGGGCUGCAGUGAGGGACACCUGCUGCAGGUGAACCCUGACAGCCAGACUGUCUCCAUUCUCCUCAAUCCCCAAAAUCCCGGUGACCUCUCAGACAACGACCAACGGCUGCAGCAGGGUGGUGUGCAAAGCAUGGCAGUAUCCAAGGAAGGCCUCUUUGCAGCAGGAAAUGAUGGAAUUUUACGCUGCUUACAAAUUAAGGGGAACUAUGUGGAGAUAACGGAUCUCUGGGAUGUAGGAGAGCCAGUCACAUAUACAGCCUUCUCCCCUGAUUAUGAAAUGAUGCUUCUCUCAUCCACUAAUGGCCGGAUUUACAGUUACACAUCAGACCAGCCUGAGAAGGGUGAUAAAGUCUUAGAUGUUCUAACUGGAGACUUUGUGGCAGCUUUUCCACUGUACACCGAUAAGAAGAAUCUCUGUGUGUCACUGAGAGACUCUGGUGAGCUGCAGCUAUGGUCCAUAGAUGAUGAGUCAUGCAUCAGCUCCAUCUCUCUCCAAACACAGGUGACCUGCCUGGCAUGUUGCCCGACCGCUAACUACGUUGCCGUGGGGACGGUCUCUGGACACGUCCUGUUUGUGGACCUCACCAGGGAGGAGGGGCCCCGCAUGGUUCACCGCCUGCAUCUCUACCAUGUGCCUGUGGAGCACCUCAGUUUUGACCAAGGAGGAAACUUUCUCAUCACUGGGGCCUCUGAUUCAAGCAUAUUUGUUUUGGAUGCCAGACCGUCUAAAAUGUUUGGCAUCUUUGGAUACACAGGUAUUUCAGGUGCCAUCGUGGACCUGUCCACUCAGUACUGCAAAGACAGUAAGCAGGUGAAAGUGCUGGCGCUGUGUGCUGGGAAGGAGGAGGGGCCACUGAAAGAAGGGAGCCGAUUGGUGCUUUUCUCUCUCCCCAUCAAGCAGCUCACAGGGGCAGGGGAGUGUGCAGACCUGCACGGCUGCCUGUCCAGUGACCUUCUCCAGAAGUACCAGUGUGAGGUCACUCAUCCCCUCUCCUCCGCUGUGCUGGGACCCAAAAACAACAUAUACGGCUACUCCAACAAGUCUAAAACUUUACAAAGACUCCAGGUCCCAAAGGGUAAAGGGUCUUCAACCCCUACAGCGGUGGUUAAGCUGACCCCGGAACAGGAAGUGGAGGGUCACCCCCUGGGCCCUGCAUCACUGCUGCUGUCACCACACCAGCUCUGGCUCGCGUCGGUCGGCAAAGAUGGACUCCUGCGAAUUCGAGAGACUUCCAGUAUAGAGAAGUAUGUUGAAAUGAGAUGUCACGCCUGUUGGCUGGGUGGGGUUCGGAAUGUGGCCUUCAGCGCAGACGGUCAGACCCUCAUUACCACUGGCCAUAAGGAUGGCUCCAUGGUCUGUAUGCAGCUCAGGCUAAACUCACGCAGUAAAGCUGAUGAGGCCACGCGGUACGGUCGGACCAUGCUGGCAGCGCUGGAGAGCUCCCGUUCUGCAGAGAAUCCCACUCUGAGCCAGCUGCCCGAGUGGAACCCCCCAGCUCUGUCUCAGAGUGCUGAUGAGACAGCCCAGGAUCAGAGCUACACCAGCGUCUCUUCUGCUGUGCCCUCUGACCCCACCUGGCUGGACAACAAACACCAGGAGGCCAUCAAAAAGGAGAGUGAGCAGUACGCAGGGGCGAGGAACAGUCUGAGGAGAGACGUCAGGCAGCUGCGGGAAACAAUCCAGGCAAUGAUGCGUGAGAAUGAGACCCUGUCAGACAUGGAAAAACUGGAGCCUCAGGAGUUCAACCUGGACAUCGACCAGCAGAAGAGGCUGCAGGCCGAGGGAGAGGAGGAGGUCAACAAGGUCCGAAAUGAGACUGAACUGGAGAACCUUGCCAAGUCCUAUCUGUGCGAGGUUAUCAAGAAAGAAUGCUGGGAUUCCAUGAAGGUCAAGGGGCAAGCCAUCAAGGCUUUCCAUUCUGAGCACGAGGUGAAGAACUACCCCAUGAAGGCACGUCUCCCAAGGGAACAGGAAGAGCUGGAGAGAGUGCACAGCAUGAGGCAGAUCGAACUGGCAGACGAAAAACUCCAGAAGGAGAUCUUUGGCAAAAAAAUGAACUCACCGGGAGCGGAGGAAGAGGAGGAUGAGGAAGAGGAGAGAGCGGAGAGCGCGGCCCUGAGUGGCAGCCUCAGCGCCCGGUUUGGCUGCUGUGACCCCUUCCUGCACAGCCAGUUCGACCUGCACGUCAGAGAGCAGAAGAUCAACCAGAUCACCAUGCUGCUGGAUGUCAUUUUCAAAGUAAAGAGCGCUUUCAACAAGGAGUUUGAGGCUGUGUACAAGCAGAAAGAGCAGGAGAUCAACCGGGCGAGAGACAAGAACAGGAGGAUCACUGAGAUCAUGGCGGAGCUGGAGGUGAAAGAGGAGCUGUGGGAGCCGACCCUAUCUGACAGCGAGAGGCCGGAGAGGGCACUCACCGUGCUGGACUCAGAGGUUAAAGUAGAAAAAUACCUCACCCCAGAACAAAAGCUGAAAGCAGAGAAGCUGAGGAAGACAGAGGAACAAAGACGACUCGCUGCCAAGGGUGAUAACAUCAGAGAGAGAGCCCUGGAUGACAUGAUGGGUGGAGUCUUAGAGAUGAAGAAAGAAGAUAUUUUGAAAAUGGAGGUUCCACAGCCUGAGUUCAUGUCCAGGCCCAUGGUGGAGUGGACGGAGGACGACAAAAAGAACUUUAAGGAGUACGAGAAAAAAGCGAAGGAACUGAGUGAGGAGCAGGAGAAACAUCGAAAGGCAUUGGAGACUGAAAUGAAGAAAUUACAGUCAUCCAUCAAGGAGGCCACCCAAGCUUUCGAUGAGGUCCUGGGUCGGCUCUUUGAGAGGAAAGUGAUUUCUGAAAUGGUUAUAUAUCAGGAAGAGCUGAAGAUUGCCAAUCUGAUCCACUCUCUCCUGAUGGAGGAGGAAAUUCACAACAGAGAGAAAGAACUUAGCCACAGGCUUGACAAAUCAAUGGCCCUAAAGAAUGACAUUGAGGAGGAGAUAGACAAAUAUAAAGAGAUUGUGGAUGCUUUCCGAGAGGUCUACGAUACUGCCGUUGUAGAGGACAAGCUGCUUGACAGAGGGUUCAGGAGGGAGUUUCCUGAUGUUCCUUGCCUCCUGGUCGAUCAGCUGUAUAAGUUAUACAAACGCAGACCAAGGGUGCCGAGGAUGAGGACGCAGACGGACAGCAGCUCCUGCAGAGAGCGGCCGCCGUCGGGCAGGGGGGCCAGCGAGGGCCAGUCCCUGAUGAUGAAGGCCAUGGCGGAGCUGGACGACCCGGCCAACAUGCCUGAGGAGCUGGACCCCGCCGUGUGGAAGCGCUUCUGCCUGGCCAGGAGAGCCAAAGUGGAGAGUGAACAGCUGGUGAAAGAGAGGGCACUGACUCUAGCCGAGAUGCAGGCUUUUCUGCAGAGAAGAGUCGAUGAAGACGAUGCUAUCAAACUAAAGAUAAAGAAUAUUAUGGCUGAACUGAACAGCCUGCGUGAGGAAAAGAUGGUGUUCCAGCUGGAUCUGAUGGUGCAGAUCCUCUUAAAACAGGGCCAGGUGGAGGUGGAGACUGGCAGAUUCAUCGCAGAUUUCUCUGACUCACAGCUCCUCCACAGGAGUAUGGUGGAGGACCUGAAUGCAACCAUUAGGGCUUUAGGAGACCAGAAGAUUGCCACCAUGGUGGAGAUUAAGGACUUCAGGAAGGGCAUCAUUCAGCAGGAGUGGGAGAACAAACGCAUGUCCAUGCAGAUAGAGGACCUCACCAACAAGGCGCGAGAUAUCCAGAUGCUGCGCGUUACCUUGGAGCUGCAGGAGUACCUGGGCACAACAGAUCAUGACAAGCGUAGGCAAAAGCAGGCUUCAAAUGUGGAACAAAACAUGACACUGCAGGAAAAGACUCACAGAAAAGACCUGAGGAACACUAAGAAACUAAUCGAUGAGCUGGCCAGGCAAGCGGGACAAAAGGCUGAGCAGAGCAUCCACCUGGAUGAGCAGAUAGCCAGCCUGAAGGUCACGGUGGCCGAGAGGACGCUCAUAUGCGAAGCCAUAGCCACGGAGGAGUCCCAGCACAGCAGCGGGGAGGAGAGGUACCAGGAGAUCGUUGAGAGGAAGAGGCUGAUGGACCUGGCCAAAGCCCAGGCGGAGGAGCUGGCGGAGCUGAGAGCCGAGGUGGAGAGGAUGAGGAUGAGGACGUUCCCGGCCCUCACACAUCUGAAGUACGACUGAGAGAGGGAACAUGCCAACCUCUGCAGUCUGCAGCCUUCAGUCCACACAAGU